AUGCCGUUGGAGCGUGCGAAAAUUGACCAGACCUUGGCGCGUCAGAAGCGUGACCUCGAGCUGAUCGCGAACUUUCAGGCAAACACCUCUAAACAGAAGGCAGCGAAGGACAUGACGCUAAGCGAUUAUCAAACGCGAGAUUGUCUCUUUGAAGAUUAUUGGAAAAAUUUCCAGUCAAGAGAUUAUGUGCUCUUUCCUCAUGCCGAGGAACUCAAGGGUUGCACAUAUUUCAAGGAGAACUUCUAUGAGUCAAGGUUGUUGGCCUAUAUGUCGGCGAAGUCGUGGCUAACCGAGCGCAUUGCCGCGAGAACGAUGCCUGUGCUAAGCGGUGGACCUGCGUGCCGAUCUGGUUCAAUCGUUUCAACCUCGACUUCCCAACUCGAACGCGUCAAGCUCCCAAAAUUCGACAGGACUCAGAGGGAUUGGCAGAGCUUCAAGAGCAAAUUUCAAUCGCUUGUCUUGAACGAUCCGAGCAUAACCGCGGUCAUUAAAUUUCAGCAUCUUCUCAACUCCCUAGAAGGAGAGGCUGGAGGCAAGCUCAAGGGACAGGAGGUCACCGGAGAGAAUUUUACUACUGCCUGGGAGUUGCUCUGCAGUCGAUACGACAACAUUUUUCUUAGGUUUUUCACUCACUUCUAUGCGUUGCUCGCGCUGCCUUCGUCGACUAAGGAGACAAGCGCGCAUUUGAGUGGCCUUCUCAAUACGGCUAACGAAAGCAUAUACGCCUUCAAGGCGUCACUAAAGCUUCCUGUUGAACACUGGGAUAUGGUGUUCAUUCAAUGCAUCGAGUCCAAGUUAGUUCCUGCAACACGCAUGGAUUGGGCGAAGCAGGUUGAAACCCUUCAGGACGGUUCCUUCCCGAAGUUUGAACUUUUCAAGAAGUUCCUUGAAGAAUGGAUCCAGACCUUGGACAGAGUCGAGGCCGUAACUCAGGCAUCAGCAGAUUCCAAGGGCAAAUCUUCUAACGGUCAGCAGAGAAGCUCGGGCAAGCAACCAAAGGGGAAAAGCACCGCUGUUUACACGACAGUUUCCUCCUCUUCAAAAUCGAACAGUUCGAAGUCCUUGGACCCUGGUUCCUGUGCGCAUUGUCAAGGACCACAUUUCAUUAGCAGGUGCAAGGGCUUUGCCGUUCUUUUGCGGGGCAAACGAAAGCACCUUGCUGUCAACAAAGGUCUUUGCACGAAUUGCCUCAGCAACCGUCACAAGGUCAACGAGUGCAAAUCUCAAGGGUGUCUCGUGUGCGCUGGGUUACACCACAUGCGACUUUGCCAAGACGGACAGCAUUCCGGAUCUACAACGCAACAUCUCUCCGAAUCCUCAGGGGAAACCACCACGCAUGUUACAUCCAGCUCUCCUCAGAUUCUUAGUGAGUACUGCGGCACUGAGCAACUUCUAACGACGGCCGUAGUCACCUUGCAAUCUGAGACUGGGGUGUCUCUGACUGCGCGCGUGCUCCUGGAUUCCUGCGCAGAGCAAUGCAUCGUUUCGGAUUACGUUGCCCAGGCGCUCAACUUGAAGCGCAAACCCGCUCACGUCAUUGUCAAUGGCACGGGCGGCACUCCAAAUGCCGUUGUUCAGAGUCGAGUCGGACUCAUUCUGAAAUCGCAACAAGACGCUAAUUUGUCACUUAAGUUCCCAGCUCUGGUGUUGAAGAAGGUCUCCAAUCUGGUGUCCAAACGGCAGGUCAAGCCUCCGGAGAGGUGGAGCAAUCUUGACGGCCUUUACCUAGCCGACCCUCACUACGGAGCGCCUAGCAGAGUGGACUGCAUCCUCGGCUUGGCAGUCUUUGGCGCCGCUAUGCUACCUGGAGUGCAGAAGGCUGUCAAUCCUCUUGAGGCUCCGAUAGCGCACGAGACCGUCUUUGGUUGGGUCCUCAUGGGCAGCGCAGAACCGAACAAUGAUCUCAGCGAAAGGACUUCCGUGCAUCACGUCUCCGUCGACUAUGAGCUUACUAAAGCCGUGGCCAGGUUCUGGGAGACAGAGGAGGCCCCGCGUGUACUUCAGCUGGCGCCGAGCGACCAGGACUGUUGGGACCAAUUCAAGAAGACGACCUUCCUCAACAGAGAGGGCCGCUACGUUGUACGGCUGCCCUUCUCCGAAACCCCUCAAUUUUCUGGAAUCGACACGACGCCGCGGGCCUGCAUGAUGCGUCUCAAACAUCGAUUUGUCAAACAACCCGACGUCGCAUCCGCAUACUCUACCUUCAUGCGCGAGUACAUCAACCUCGGCCAUAUGGAGGUGGUUCCGGAGAGCGAGGUGGCAACAACCCAGGCCUAUUAUCUGCUACAUCACCCCGUUUUCAAAAGGGACUGUGGCAAAAUUCGAGUCGUGUUUAACACUCUUAGAAAGAGCGGUAGGCGUCUCAUUUAA